AAAAAAGAGAAAGAGUUGAUGGGAAUGAGAGAAAGAGGGAGUAUGUACGUUAGAGACAGUGUGUCUGAGAGAGAGAGAGAGAGAGAGAGAGAGAGAGAGGGAGGUAGAGAGCUCCCAGCUCGGUCUGAUCAGUUCCCCUUCUUGCCAUGUGGUUUCCAGCUCUCACAGCUUACUGCAUUCCCUUUACUGGAAACCAGCACUGAACCAUCACUAAUAAGUUUUACUGGAAAAUAAGGAGUUCUGAUAAUAUUUACUUAGUGCAAGUUUUAGAUGGACUUUUAGGAUUAACUCGGACCAUUGUAGAUGAAUAUGGAGAUAAACGGACGUGCCUUGCCACCAUCGAUACCUGAGGAUGGCGAAGCCCUGGACCAUGUUGGUCACGGAGAGAUGAAUGGCUACCACCAGAGACAUCAAUAUGUGGAUGGAGGGGAGGCUGAGGUCCCUGUGUCCAAGUCCCAGAGACGGAAGAGUGAUGUAAAAGUCUAUAAGGAGUUUUGUGACUUCUAUGCACGCUUCAACAUGGCCAAUGCACUGGCCAAUGCCAUGUGUGAGCGCUGCAAGAGUGGCUUCGCCCCUGCAGAGAAGAUAGUGAACAGCAAUGGGGAACUUUACCAUGAGCAGUGCUUUGUGUGUGCCCAGUGUUUCCAGCAGUUCCCAGAAGGACUUUUCUACGAGUUUGAAGGCAGGAAGUACUGCGAACAUGAUUUCCAGAUGUUGUUUGCUCCCUGCUGUCAUCAGUGUGGCGAGUUCAUUAUUGGCCGUGUGAUCAAGGCAAUGAACAACAGUUGGCAUCCAGACUGCUUCUGCUGUGAUAUCUGUGAAGCUGUUCUUGCAGAUGUUGGAUUUGUCAAAAACGCUGGACGGCACUUGUGUCGUCCAUGCCAUAACAGAGAGAAAGCUCGUGGCCUCGGAAAGUACAUCUGUCAGAAGUGUCAUGCCAUUAUUGAUGAGCAGCCUCUGCUCUUCAAGAAUGACCCGUACCAUCCUGAUCACUUCAACUGCAACAACUGCGGCAAGGAGCUGACAGCUGAUGCCAGGGAGCUGAAGGGGGAGCUCUACUGUCUACCCUGCCAUGACAAGAUGGGUGUGCCCAUCUGCGGGGCCUGUAGGAGACCCAUUGAGGGCCGUGUGGUCAAUGCUAUGGGCAAGCAGUGGCAUGUGGAGCAUCAUGUGUGCUCUGUGUGUGAGCGCCCAUUUCAGGGCCACCCCUUUUAUGAACGAGGCGGGCAUGCCUAUUGUGAGCGACACUUUGAUAUGCUGUUUGGAGAUGUUUGUUACCACUGCAAUCGUGUUAUUGAAGGAGACGUGGUGUCAGCCCUUAACAAGGCUUGGUGUGUCAACUGUUUCGCCUGCUCUACUUGUAACACCAAGCUCACUCUCAAGGAUAAGUUUGUGGAGGUGGAUCUGAAGCCAGUGUGCAAACACUGCUACGAACGCCUCCCAGAUGACAUGAAACGUCGGCUGGCCAAGCGCGAACGCGACUCAAAAGAAAAGAAGAAGAAAUUAUUGAUACCCAUGUGUCUGUGACCUUCUCUUCUGCCUUUCUCCUCACUUCAGUUAUUCUUCCUUUGAAACAAGUUUGUGGAGUUUGACAUGAAGCCAGUGUGUAAGAAGUGCUACGAGAAGUUCCCCCUGGAGCUAAAGAAGAGACUGAAGAAGCUGUCUGAAACUGUUGCACGGAAGUAGACACACAGUUGAGCAGGUGGAGAUGAGACAGAGAGGUUGUGUUCUCUGACGGCCUUUGAGGGUCAUUACAAUAGAAAUUAAGUGGUUAAUGUUACAAUUAGGUUUAUUAUUUAAUGGAACAAUUUGCUUUUAAACAUUUCAGCCAGAGGAGGAAAAUGCUAAGGCUGGCAUUUGGCUCCAUAGUUGGUCAUUCAGUCCAACAAGUCAAGAUGUUUGGCUUUAAUCUGUUAAGUGCCUUAUUUCUCAAAUCCUGCACUGUAUAUUUUUCCAUAUAUUCACUUAUUUUACUGCUAUAUUAUAUACAAGUAUAAAUACAUGGCAAAGGUCCUAUAUUAAAUGAAAACAUGAGCUUUAAGAAACACAUGGAGAAAAUGUGACAUAAAAGUUUUGUGAUGCCAAAAAUAAAAUCUGUAAUAAUUUACUUUAUUUAAGAAAUGGCUGAAGAAUGCAUUUGCAUUUAAUGUGUAUAUAAUUGUUUCCUGUUUUUUCCUAUAUGCAUUAUUUUAUGCAUAAUGUAUAUGUAUUUUCUUUAACUAUGCAAAAGCUUAGUUCAAUAAAAUUAGAAUAUCUUUGUGCAUCAAUAAUUGAAUGAUGUCAUACUGCAUGCUACAGUAAUAGACUCACUAUCAAUAGAUAAGAUUUCCUUGUUAAACUAUAUGUCAUACGUCUUUUUAUGACUUGUUGCUUUGCUAACUGGUACUUCCACUAACUUUACUGAGUCACCAGGUUUUUUUGUUUUUUUUAAACAUGUGUUUAACCAAAAAAAAUUCACUUAUGCCAUAAAAUAAAUCCAUGUUUUUUAUUUAGA